AUGUCUUCUUCAGAUUUUCUGCUGAAAGAAAGAACGAGGAAGGUUCGAUAUCGCACAGAUGACCCGGUGUCGAAGCUGAAGAUCAGAAUUAUCCUCGAGCAGAAGCAAGGCGACAACGAGGAGGAACCCUGGGUCAGGAAAGAGAGGGUCUUUGAAUGGCAAGAAAAGGUUUUCGGAGCUCAAGAUUUUGAGAUGUAUUGCCAGCUUGCCAAGACAAAAGGCGGCGAUGAGAAGCAAGGGGUGGAGGAAGAGACAAGCGGCGAGUUGAGCCCCUUGCAACUCAAAUAUGUCCGCGCAGUCUCUCGUGUUGCAAGAGCAGAGACGAUCUACUCGUACGUCGACGCGGACGAUUUCAAUGACAUUGAUCAGAGAGCCCCUCUUCUCAACUCGUUGCAAGGAGAUACAGAAACGAACCUCGCAAAGAUGAAAGAUUUCUCCGAGCUAUCUCGAGGGCGGCCUUCCCGGCAUGGAGCAACGUCAGAAGAAAGUCGUCAAUUCACGAUGAUGUACAUUGUAGCGGAUCUUACCAGUGAUCAAUCGCAGUCUGAAAGCGGAGAAAAUGUGUUCAGGAAGCAGAAGUUCGUGCUAUGCAAGAUUAAGGCAUACGAUGACGGCUCUGUAGACAUGACCCCCGGCUUCUCGCCCGAGCCCUCCAUCAAGAUCGACAUCCUUCAGAACUACAAGUAUACGCAAGCUGAUCUCGGUAUCCCCUAUCGUAUCCGGACAGAAGGAGGAUUCAACUAUGACUACUGGAUCAUCAAUGACACGGAGAUGACAGAUGAAGCCGCCAAAAAUCGAGCAAUAGCCAACCAGAAGAAGUACCAAGAUCAACUGCUCAGCAAGGCGCAAGAGCUGCGAAAGAAUUACAUCGGAACUGAGUUUGACUUAUUCAAUACAGCCGACAAGGACGACGAGUGCAGGAUGUUCAUCAAUAUAGAGAUUGUGAGUGCGAUUGGUUUUGAUCGAGAUCAUCUGUACGUGCAGUACCUUGUCGACAUUCCUGAGGGCUGGCAAGUGGUUGAAUCUCAAGAUCCGGACGACUCUCAUCCGGUGUGGGGCAACACUCUUCUGUCUACAGUCCGGCACAAGAGGAGCGGAUACGGCCUCGGAUCGCUGCUCGGCCUUGCCGACGGUUUCGAGACUCUCAACCGAGUGGCGCAUUUCGCACAUCCCAUCCACUUGGAGCUGCAGAAAACGAGAAACGCAAACGGGAAGAAGCCAGUGCUGCUCCUACAGGUCAACUCGUACGACCGUUGGGAUAGACAGCGCGUGCAGGGCUAUGGGCACCUGAUCCUUGCAGGCGAGACGAGCUUCUGCGAGCACAAGAUCAGCACGUGGACUCCAACUCCCAGCCAGGUGGGGAGAAUGCGGUCCUUCUUUAUAGGAGGGUCCCCAGAAUUGAAAGACUUCCGCUUUGCUGGCCUUGAGGCAAACAAGGCUGGAAAUAUCCUGAGUCGAUAUGGAUUCUCCACAGAAAGCUCAGGAGACGUCAUCGUUCGAGUGAGCACUGUAGUGCAAAGCGCGUUUCUUCAGCGAUCGAAAGGCGGUGGAUCGUCAAGGACAGAUGAACCAGGAGUUUCCGGAGUAGAUAUUGAAGUGAAAAGACGGAACAAGAUGAAGUGA